CUGACCACAUAUGGCAGAUAGUAGUGGGAAACUGUGCUCAGCUGGAAGUUACCUUUGCUUUAUAACUUGUUAGUAAUUUCUUUGACUUGUGAAUAACCGAGAGGACACUGCCAGUGUAUGCACCGCCUUUCCUAAAGAAGUCACUUGAGGUGAAAAAAAAGAGGUUGGCAAACCAGUUAUUCCUAACAGGGUGCAGUCCAAGAUGUCGUCCACCACCACCUCCUCUGUUACCCUAAAUACUGGGGUUCAAAUGCCCCUCCUGGGAUUGGGGACUUACAAGAUGCAUGGCUCUGAAGAAGUGUAUCGGGCCGUGGAUGCCGCCUUGGCUGCGGGUUACCGGGCCUUUGAUAGUGCAGCCGUCUACCGGAAUGAAGCCGACCUGGGCCGAUCCCUGAGGGAGCUCCUGCCCAAGCACGGCUUGACCAGACAGGAUGUGUUCAUAACCAGUAAGUUGGGCCCUAAGGAUCAGGGUGAGCGGGCUAUGGAAGGUGCCCUUCACAGCCUGUCUCAGCUGGACUUGGGUUACAUUGACCUCUAUUUGAUCCACUGGCCUGGCACGCAGGGUCUGGCAGUGGCUGAUCAGAGCAACCCAGGAAACCGAGCUCAGAGUUGGGCCAUGCUGGAGGAGCUGCAUGGCCAGGGGAAGCUGAAGGCCAUAGGAGUGUCCAACUAUACAGUGGCACACAUGAGAGAACUGAUGCAGAGCUGCAAAGUCCCACCUGCAGUUCUACAGGUAGAGUUUCACCCACGUCUGUGCCAAGCAGAGCUGAAGAGUGUUUGUAAGGAGUAUGGAGUCUGUUUCCAAGCAUAUUCCUCCUUAGGCCAAGGAGAUCUGAUUACUGACCCUGUGGUCCUGGAGGUGGCAAAGCAGUGCCAACGCACCCCUGCACAAGUGCUGCUGCGGUGGGCGGUGCAGCAGGGUGUCGCUGUGCUCCCAAAGUCAUCAAACGCAGACCGAAUACAGGAGAACGCCAGACUUUUUGACUUUACACUGAGCGACACUGACAUGGACAGACUAUCAGCUUUGGACUGUGGGCAGAAGUACUGCUGGAAUCCAUCAGGGGUCGCCUGAAACACCAGCUUGAGUCCUCCAUGAUGCCUUUUUUGUCUUUAGUUUUACAGUGGUUGUUUUUUUUUGGGGGGGGGGAUGAGUUUUUGGGUUGUUUUUUUUUUUAAAGCUGUUACAAGUUUUGUGUCGACACUUGGUUAAUUUCAAGACAAAAGUACAGCAUUUUGUGGUAUGAACUCUAAAUCUAUGUAACGUCACCCAUCACAUGACUUUAUUGUCAACCAUAAGCCAUGUCUUAGUGAGAACCCUUCCCUUUGUUGUCGGAUAACGAAAACUUUUACAUAUCUGUCAGUUUAACUGUUGCUCCUUAUUCUUUAUAAUCUCUUGCCUUUUCUUUGCUUAAUGUCUUUGACUAACCAGAAAUCUCCAUUGAACAUAAUUCUAAGCCUGUGUAGUAGAUUAUUAAAAGAACAAAAUACCUUUAAAAGCUCUCUUAAAAUUAUUUAUUUAGGACGGCAUAUACCAGAGUUUUCACAGUUGUAGAGAAAAUACAUUUAAAUUAAAACUGAAAAAGAAACCAAAAUAAGAAAAAAGAAUAUUACAUUUUUAUUUUCUCCACACACACAUCUCCAGAUUCAAGUAAUACUAAGGAUGGUUGCAAAAAA